GGCUUUCACAUGCGUGCAGCGCUUCCUUAUACGCGCAUUGAGGAGAGAGUGACCAGAACAUGCCCCAAAGCAUUUCAUGGGGCUCCAAUUGUGGGAUUCUACAGACCUGGGAGCAGUUGGCCAUCCGUGACGGAUAUGCGUUUACCGCAAGCAGACUUGAGAUGGUGUCUAUUUGCGCCCGUCUGCUGAAAACCCUGUCUUGUAUGUUUCCCUAUAUAAAACCAACAGUUCCCGGUAGACCUCGCCGUUCUCAGAACCAUCCCCAUCUACCCCCAUACAAUCCAAAUGAAGUUAUCUCUUUCUCUCGUCACUGGCCUUUUGGCCACCUCUGCCUUUGUCACGGCUGACGCGCAGGCGCUCCCAAACGCCGUUGCAACUAUUUCGCAGGCUGAUGCUUUGAGCGAAAUUUGGUCGUUGGUUUCUCUGUAUGAACAGGCACACUCCGUGAAGAGAGAGGCGGACGUCAGCGUCGUCCUCAAUCCGAUAUUGACCGGCGCCUUUUCUCUCUUGAAGGCCUCUGGCUUGGUAAACACAUUUAUAAAGAUUUUGUUGUCGGACAAGUCAAUUCAGCCGAUCUUGUACGAUGUUCUUAAAGACUUUUUGACGUCUGGCCUUUUGACGCAAGCUCAAAUUUUGUCUCUUCUUUCCAGUUAGAACACGGGAUUAGCUGGUCUAUUCUAUUACUUUCAAAUGCUUCAA